AUGUCACAAUUAAAUGCUCAAACACUAGCCAUUGUUGCCGGGAAGAAGCUUCUAAGGAAGCAGAUCAUGUCCAAAUUGAGCUCUUUACCUAAAAAUGUCAUACAGGCACAAUCACUUGAAUCAUUCAAUAUACUGAAAAAUACCAAAAUAUUCAAGGAAGCCAAAUCAAUUGGUGUGUUUAUGAGUAUGGAUACUGAAAUCAAAACUUCUUAUAUUUUGAAAGAAGCCUUUGAUUGUGGCAAAGAUGUAUAUCUUCCUCGGAUAGAGACUCAAUCACAAGAUCAGAUAACAUUAUACAAAAAUGGACCACACUAUGUAAUGUUUUACCAAAUGGAUAACUAUAACAGUUGUAUAAAUCUUCCUCAAGUUGGUAAAUAUAAGCUACAAGAACCAUCGGGUGGGGUUUGCUUAUUGAACGAUCAUCCAUAUGGUGAUAAAGGUUUAGAUUUAUUAAUCAUGCCAGGUGUUGCAUUCACUAGUGAUUUGAAUAGAUUGGGACAUGGUGGUGGGUUUUACGAUGAUUUCCUGAAAAGAUACAAGGAUACGUAUGGCAAACAUCCGUUCUUAUUAGGAAUUGGACUAGGUGAUCAAUUAGUUGAUGAAAUCCCAACAGAUAUUCAUGAUGAAAAAUUAGAUGGGUUGAUUAUAAGGGAUAAACUCUACGGUAAUGAUUCACUAUAA